CCCUUCAAGGAUGCCUGUGCUGGAGAUCCCAGCCGCUACUUCGACAAGGCCUCUGGGAAAUGCUGUUACCGCUGCCCCUCGGGGUGGUCUCCGACACAACUAUGCCCGCAGAAGCUUGCCGACUGCAGGAAGCAGUGUGAGCCUGACAACUACCUGGAUGAGGACAACCGCUGCAGGGCCUGUGUGAGCUGUUUGAGAGAUGACCUCGUGGAGAAGAGGCCGUGUGCGUGGAAUUCCUCCCGUGUGUGCAUAUGUCGACCUGGCAUGUUCUGUGGCGUGUCAGCCACCAACUCCUGUGCCCGCUGCUUCAAGCACUCCGUCUGCCCAGCAGGGAUGAUAGUCACGGUCCCAGGCACCGCAGAGAGGAACACGGUCUGUGAGCUGCCUUCCCUGAGUACCAGCCCUGCCUGCACCAGCCCAGAGGACUGCAAGGAGCCCACCAGUGCCACCACCCCUCUGGCCAAGCCCUCCCUGAUGUCCCCCGAAGUCUCCAAUGCCAGGACCACGCUGCUAAGAGGGGAUGCCCCCCUCACUCAGGAAGAUGCUUCUCAACUGAUCAGGGCACCCAACUCUCCCUCCUCUGCGGAGAAACCGAGUUCAGGUCCAGCUUCUCUGCUUCUUUUUCCAGAGCAGCCCUGCCCACAGGGGUCGACGAGCUGCAGGAAGCAGUGUGAUCCCGACUACUACCUGGACGGGGCCGGCCGCUGCACAGCCUGCGUGACCUGUUCACGAGAGGACCUCGUGGAGAAGACGCCGUGCACGUGGAACUCCUCCGGCGUCUGCGAAUGCCGACCCGGCAUGUUCUGCGCCACGUCAGCCACCAACUCCUGUGCCCGCUGCGUCCCCCGCCCCAUCUGCGCACCAGGGACACUCAUCAAGGCCCAGCGUGUGGCCGAGAGGGACUCCACCUUUGAGCUGCCUCCCCUGGGCACCCACCCUGACUGCAGCACCACCCCAGAGAACAGCGAGGCGCCUGCCAGCCCCACCGCCACCCUGAACUCCCUGGUGGACUCCCAGGCCAGCAAGACACUGCCCGUCCCGACCAGCGCACCCAUUUCUCUCUCUUCUACAGGAAAGCCCGUUUUGGAUCCAGGACCAGUGCUCUUCUGGGUGAUGAUGUUGCUGCUGGUGGUGGCUGGCUCCAGCAUCUUUCUCCUGUGCCACCGGAGGGCCUGCAGGAAGCGGAUUCGGCAGAAGCUCCACCUGUGCUACCCGGUCCCGACCAUCCAGCCCAAGCUGGAGUCCACAGAUUCCAGACCCAGGAAGAACUCGGCACUGAGGAGGAGCGGAUCGGGGGCAGAACCAGACGCAAAAGAGCUGGGGCUAAGCCCCCCACCCCUGGAGACCUGUGUCCAUGUGGGGGCCACCUGCCCAGAGAGCCUGCCGCUGCUGGACACCAGCCCGGCCGGGGGCCGCUCGUCCCCCAGGGACUCUCCCGAGUCCCAGGUGUCCACGGAACGCACCAAUAACAGGAUCGAGAAAAUCUACAUCAUGAAGGCUGACACCGUGAUCGUGGGGACCGUGAAGGCUGAGUUGCCUGAGGGCCGGGGCCUGGCGGGGCCAGCAGGGCCCGAGUUCGAGGAGGAGCUGGAGGUGGACCAUGCCCCCCACUACCCAGAGCAGGAGACAGAACCGCCUCUGGGCGGCUGCGGGGAUGUCAUGUUCUCGGUGGAGGAGGAAGGGAAGGAGGACCCCCUGCCCACAGCCACCUCUGGGAAGUGAGGCCUGGGCUGGGGCUGGGAGGGCAGCCGGGCGCCCUCUGGAGGCCAGGGCAGCAUCGGUGGCACGAGGCUCAGGGGGAGAGGCUCACCUGGCCUGAAGAGGGAUUCUGGCGGUCUCUGCUUGCGUCCCCCACUUAGCCACCUCCAGACCAGACCCUAGGGAAUCCAGGACUCGUACAGAAGAGACUUUGAGGGGGCUGGAUCCCAGCGUGAUGUUGGGGCAAAACAGAUGGCCGGGACUGGGCACUCCUGAGAACAGCACUGGACGCAGAGCCCUGGUGUCGGAUACUUGCUGCUAGGCCCAGAGCCCUGAGGGAGAGGCCUGAAGGCUGGCUCCAAGCCCCCUCCCCUAACCCUAUUCCUGUCUCCCUGGGCCUCAGAGGUGAUGCCCACUGGGCCUUGCUGGCAUGCCACUGGCCCCCCGUUACUAUAAACGAGACCCCGAGGAGGCAUGGA